AUGCAAGACGAAGUUAUGAAAAAAUAUCCCGAGGAAAAUGUUCACUCGCAACAGGUAGUUUCGAGAUUUCAACUGAGACUAACAAACUCGAAAGUUGAAACGCUCAACAAACGCCUGAAGAAUGAUCGGUUCUUGAAGAGUGUUUGUUGUGUUCAUGGCUUUGUGCAUAAGCAGAAGUAUGGAUAUUUCAUUGAACAAACUGUUUUAUGGAGUUUCUGUUUCUAUUCACUAGAUUUAGAAGAAAAAAUUGUUCAAUUUUCAGCAAAGUCUCUAACACAACAAAUAUUAACAAGCUCCCUGCAAUUUUCACAAGUGACAAAUCCAUUCAAUUUACUCCACCAACCACCACCAGCUCAGUUGAUUGAUCGUCUCACGUCAGGUCAUCCAUCCACUCGAACAAUUGUUGCCAAAAAUCGUUGUCUUGUACCUUGCUUAAGUAAUCACUCAGAUUUGUCUUCAGAAAGUUUCAAGUUAAUUCUUCAUAGAUCCUUCAAACAUUACCCAAGAGACAUGUACGACAAACUCGAUAAUAAAAGGAAACCAUCACAGCAUGAGAAGUCAAAAUUCGACAUGAAAUUUCUCAACUUUGAAAUUGCAAUUUCAUGGUCUACAUUUGAAUUUCCGAGAGUAAAUUUACCUCGUGGUAGCAACAAAAAUUCUGUUUUGAAGGGAGAAAUUCAGAAAAAUCAUGACUUGAGGGUAUCAAUUAGUAACGAUAAACAAUCCCCUUUAAAGCUGUAA